CUGGACAGCAAGGUUCCUAUCCUUGGCCCUCGUUUUCUGCCGCCAUCGUACCUACAUGCAUGGAAGCGAAAUCAGUCUGAGCCAGCCAUCAACCCCGAGACACUAUACCUGAAAGCACUUUGUACCAUCCAUCCAUUCUACUAUCCCAAACUUGCGAAGUGUCCGCGAUGCAACAGUACUGACAACAUUCAGUGGGAUGGAUGGACCAGCACAGGUCCUCGUGAUGUCCAUGGUUUGAUGGUUGACAAGGCUGCGAUAGGUACGCAGCUUUGUUGUGAGAAUUGCAAAAAUGAUGCAACAAGAAAGGAACAUGAGCAUGAGCAUAGCGACUCAGACAAUGGAUGCAAUGUCAAGACUAACCUCAAAGGAUAUUGCUUUGCGACAACGAACCCUGACUUUUGGGGCAGCUGGCCCCACUGGUCCAUU